GGCGCUACGGCAGAGAGAAAAGACUUGUAGUGGAGCUGGGAGGGGAUUGUAAGCUGAGGAAUCGGCACGCUGGAGUGCAUUUUGGGUGGGAAGGGGCUUUCUUUGUGCUUUGGCUUGCUACCUUGGGGAGGGGGGGUUAUCUAAAAAGCAGCAGAUCUGGUGCUUGCGAAUAAAAGCACCGCAGUUAAUCUUCCUGUCCUCUCCCUCUGAUAGGCUUGAUACAUUCAAUGCAAUAGGGGUAUUUUUGGCUGGGUUUUUUGGGUGGAGGUAUUUGCUUAAUUUUUAUUUUUGCAGAGGGCUGCUGUUUUUUAAUUGGAAUUUAAUUUUUAUUUCUUUAGGAGAAACAGCCGAUUUGGCGAACGAGUUUUGGGUGGUUGUUCUGUGUGUUACGCGUGUGUAUGCAAGAUCGGAUCUGCAGCUGUUAAAUGAAUAGUUGGAUGCGGGGGAGGGGGUUGUCGGGGGAGGCAGCAGACCUUCUGGUGCAUCCGAUGCAUUUUUAAACAGCUCGCGUUGCUGCUCUUCUCCAGUUGAGAUCGGUCCUGCCUACUUGUUGUGCAUGUGGGGGCAUGAGUCAGAAUGGAAAGCGAUGGGUUCUGCUGCUAUCCUUGUGUGUGGGGGAUAGAGACGUCUUGAUCUUUUCUCGGGGUGGGAUUGCAAUAGCGGUGUGUUAACCACCAAAUACCAAUAAUACAGCAGGCUAACAAGCUGGAGAGGCGCAAAGCAGGGUUAGGUUAGCUCUUGGAUCUGCUGCGUUUGAGAUUGAAUUCUUCGCUGCUUUUUCACUAGAAGGCAAACUCGGAUUUUUCUUAUUCCCCCCCCGAGGUAGCAAUUGAAGCGAGAGGUUUUAUUAUAUAUAUAUUUAGGGUGCGCGCGCGGGGGGAGCUGAGAUUGCUAGUGAAAGCACAACAGUUUUCUUCGUGUCCUUCUGAGCUGGGGGGAAAAAUGGAGGCUGUGAUAGAAAAGGAAUGUAGUGCGCUUGGAGGACUCUUCCAGACCACCAUCAGUGACAUGAAGGGAAGCUAUCCAGUUUGGGAAGACUUCAUCAACAAAGCGGGGAAACUGCAGUCACAACUUAGGACGACGGUAGUAGCAGCAGCUGCCUUCUUGGAUGCUUUUCAGAAAGUGGCUGACAUGGCGACCAACACACGUGGAGCUACCAGAGAAAUUGGCUCUGCUCUGACCAGAAUGUGCAUGAGGCACAGAAGCAUUGAGUCGAAGCUCAGGCAGUUUUCAAGUGCUUUAAUUGACUGUCUGAUAAACCCACUCCAAGAGCAGAUGGAAGAGUGGAAGAAAGUGGCCAAUCAACUGGAUAAAGACCAUGCAAAAGAAUACAAAAAAGCCCGCCAGGAGAUAAAGAAGAAAUCUUCAGACACAUUGAAACUACAGAAGAAAGCAAAGAAAGGUAGAGGAGACAUCCAGCCUCAGCUGGACAGUGCAUUACAGGAUGUGAAUGAUAAAUACCUACUUCUCGAAGAGACAGAGAAACAGGCUGUUAGAAAGGCCCUAAUUGAAGAACGUGGCAGAUUCUGUGCAUUUAUUUCUAUGCUGCGGCCUGUGAUUGAAGAGGAAAUAUCCAUGCUUGGAGAAAUAACUCAUCUACAGACCAUAUCAGAAGAUCUGAAGAGCCUCACCAUGGAUCCUCACAAGUUACCACAGUCAAGUGAACAGGUAAUUCUAGAUUUGAAAGGUUCUGAUUAUGGCUGGUCCUAUCAGACUCCUCCAUCUUCUCCCAGCACUACCAUGUCUAGAAAAUCUAGUGUUUGCAGCAGUCUGAACAGUGUUAACAGUAGUGACUCCCGGUCAAGCGGCUCGCACUCUCACUCACCCAGUUCACACUAUCGCUACCGCAGCUCCAAUCUGCCUCAGCAGGCACCAAUGAGGCUUUCCAGUGUGUCCUCGCAUGACUCCGGAUUCAUGUCCCAGGAUGCUUUUCAGUCCAAGUCGCCAUCCCCGAUGCCUCCAGAAGCACCCAACCAGUUGUCUAAUGGCUAUUAUCACUGUAGUUUGUCCAGUGGCCCAUCCUUAGCCUCAGUUGGUGCAGGCCCUUCCCCUCAUAUCCUGUCUGUCUCCCACGCAUGGACCCGGGCUUCUUCCUCCACCCUCCUUCCAGACUACGCUCAUUAUUACACCAUUGGGCCAGGCAUGUUACCAUCAUCUAAGAUCCCUAGCUGGAAGGUUUGUGUUUCUUUUGUUUCUGUCACAUUCUCUCCUUUCCAUUCCCACCCCACCCAACUCUACUGCAAGAUUUUGCUUCUGAAAUAUCAUUUAAUUCUCGGUUGAUUUUUCCUCCCUUCAGCACUUAACACCAUUCUGAAUUUCCUGUCUGAGAGGGGAUUCUUCCCUGCCUCAUAACCCCAGUAAAUCAAUAAAUAAGAGAACUUGGUGUUAUUUGAAUCAGCAUGUCGACAGCUUUACAAUCUAUGCAGUGCAUCGAGAGUUCAGGAUACAUCUAAUUCAAAAGUUGGCGCUCGCAAGAUAACUUGUUGAUGUGACCUAACAGAGUGCAUGCAUGUGUUAAUUGAAUAUUGAAGCUGCUUCUCUGUAUUGACUUUUUUACAGGGAUGAUCCCAUGAGCAGGACUUGUGGAUCUUGAACAUGGCUUCAUCCCUGAAAAAAGCUUGGCAGAAAGCUGCUGUUAGUUUUCCCAUGUGUGUGCACUCCAUAGGAUCAUGCCAAGAAGGACUUCCUGCUAGCGCCAAACAUAGCAGGAGAACUGGCCUCUUAAAAUGGAUUUGUUGUGUAGGGUUUAUAUGUAUAAACAUAUAUCUAUGGAGUAUGUUUGCUAGGUUUUUAAAAUAUGCUUUAAAGGGAGUGUGUUUGGGAAGAGGGGGGAAGUGUAAGUGCAGAUGAUGGCAGAGAGAACUUGAGCACGGACCCUCAUGCUCUAGACAUCUGACCCUUGUCUGUCUGUCCCAGGACACACUGAGAACAGACUCCAGAGUACAGAAUACUUGCAUCUCAUGUGAAGGAGGCAUAUACAUGUGCUUUUCUGUAUGUAAAAAUAUGCAGAAUCAGUGGCCAAGAAAUAGUUAUGCCUCUGUUCUCGUUUAAAGAAAAAUGCAGUGAUUUACACCCUUGAACUUGACACGUUAUGCAUGGGUAUUUCUACAUAAAUAGAAAAAAAAGCAUGAGAAACAGCCCUGGGAACACUCACCUAAACUCUGAAUGCUGAAGCUAAGUUUCAGUACUUUUAAAAUUAAAGUACUUUUUUGUUUGCUGUACCAUACAAAAAGGAACAUGGGCACACACAUGGGUGUACUGUAAGUGGGUGGAUAGCAGCUACAUGAAAUGUUUAACUGAAUCCAUAUAAUGGGCAGAUUCUGGGCUGCUCUAGUGGAGUGGUGCGUAUCAGUUCAAUGCUGCCAAUUGUUGUUCAAGCCUUCAGAAUUGUAAGAAUCCAGAGAAAGUAGUAGCUUGCUAGUCCUCUCCUAUUCCUGACUUAGCUCAUCAAUGUUAUUUGCCUCCAGAGAAGUUCUGGUUAGACUCUUCCACAGACUCUUCCUUUUAGCAAAUAGUAUUUGACUCUUUAUGGGCUCACAGAGUUUCAUUUAUAUUAUUUCAAUAAUUCUUAUACAUGCCUUAUACGGCUUACUGGUAUUAUAAUCUUCUCUUUACUGCAGAUGAGGUAGUGGAGGCAGCUGCAGGUGGGAGAGUGUCUCAGAUUUUUGGAAUGGAUUUCAGUCUCCACCCAGUAAGCUUUUUUCAAUGGACUGGAGUCUCUGAAAUUGUUUGGGUAACACAUUACACUACAGUGUGUAGCAGCAUUCAGGUUAGAAGGAGCCAGCUGGCUUAAAUUUCCAUCAAAAGAGGCUCCAACUUAUUGAAGGCUGGUUCCCAUAUUGGAUGGGAACCAUAAAAUUCAUGACUAGGGUAAUGCUUCACAUCCACAAAAAAGAAUUCAGGUUUGUGUCUCCAAAAUGAAAACCUGCAGUUAUCAUUCAGAUCCACUUGUGAUAGAUUUUGAGCUCCACCUUUCACAGUCUCAGAGCAGAAUGUGAAUGCAUAAUUCCUGCCAUUUCAUUUGCAGAUACCAUUUCUCCUCUAGCACAGGCAGAUGGCAGUACCUUUGCAGUGGCAUUCAACAGCACAGAUCAGCCUCUUCCUUCCCAAUAUAGAUAUACCACAGAUAAACAAUAGAUUGUCUUCCGUAAAAGCUCUGGGUACUAUGGCCAAUGAACUCAUGGCAGUUGCUCAUAACUGCAUACAGAAGUGGCCCUCUCUACUUACUGGGGUCCGCUGUUCAUUCUCCGAGUGUUUUCCUUUUCUGUCCAAUAGGAAGUGGGCUUUUUAAAGAAAGCAGUGAGUCUCUGGGCCAGACCAGGAGAUGGAUGGAUGGAUGGAUGGAUGGAUGGAGUUAGUUAGUGCCUGUCUUAUACAUAAAAGUCUCAGGACAGUGGAUCUUUCCCCACCUCAAGGCGACAAGAGCAUUGACAAGAGAUAGGAGACCUCUUAAGUGUGGUUUACUGGCCAGUUACAGAGGGAUCACAUUUCAGCAAGCUAUAUCAAGAAGGAAUAAGUGUGUGUGCAUGCGCCAAGCAUGAGGGGAGUCAGAGCCCACUGGGGGCUUUGUCAGGGCUCAGCUGGAGUGUAUGUUGGCCCUGGUCCAUGUGUUAAGGGCAUGGUAAUUGGUGUCCUCUGCAUGUUGUUCUCUGAACCCUUGGGGUAAUUGUCCCCAAGCUGGUACCUCCCAAAUGUGUUGGAUUACAACUCCCAUGAUGCCCAGCCAGCAUUGCCACUGUCCAUCUGCCACUGGGUUGGGGAAGGCUAAGCUAGGGCAUACUUCCCAACCUAGUGUCUUCCUGAUGUUUUGGGUCACAUCUCCCAAAUGUGAGAUGUGGGCAUAUUGGCUUUGGAGGAUGUAAUCCAAAAGAUCUGGAGAGCAUUCUGUUAAGGACAAAUGACUUAAUUCUUAGACAGUUUCAGUGCUAUGACAGAUUUCGCACUUCAGUGUGAAAUGUGAAAUGGCUGUGAAUGUUUGUCUACCCAGAAAGUGGUCCAAAGAGCCCCAAUAUUGUAGUUGGCUCUGGAUGUAAGCAAGUCAAGGGCAUUCUUGUCCUUGGGUUGAGAGUGUUAUACUUCAGAGGAAGAGAUGAAUGAUCAGAGACAUAUAGGGUCUCUCUAUGGUCAAGGAACUUCCAGAAAGAGAAAGAAUUAAAUUCUGAUGCAAACCUAGCGCAUCACAUCCCUGAUUUUUUCUGAAGUUUUUUUUUUUUUUAAUCUUUCCUUUGCAACUUGGCAGAAAGGGUGUCAUGAGCCUAACGGUUAGUACAGCAGCCAGCACAAUGUAAACAGAAGCACCAACAGGAUGGAAAGUGAGGGAGGGACAAAAUUUCAAACCAGCUUCUCAGCCUGAGUAUAGCGUACUCUGGGUGGCAGCCAGGAAUACAGCUCUGAAAAUUGGAUGAGCAAGCCAUAUCUAUGGCUUUUCCCUGUUCAUAUAUUUUGCAGUAUUUGAGUUGAGGGAAGGGGGAUUCUCCACUGCAGUUAGGAAUGUGUCUCUCUCUGCAAAAUACCAUCUGCAUGUAUUGACUGGUACUAUAUUUAAGGUUAGAAAAAUGUUAGGAGGGCAUUCGGGAAUGGUGGACCGGCCUGUGCCGCACCAUUCCUGGCGGAACAGACAUACCGAGCCAGUUCAAGUACAGUGAUCCUGGCCAGGAACAGGGCAGGGCUCCGUGCACUCUGCUGUGCAGGUACCAGCUUCAGUGUCUCUACCUGGUUCAUUUAAACCCAUCUCCCAACACAUCCAAAUGUGCAGCUGUAGCUUAAUGUCUGUUUGCAGAUCAGGAUCAAAGGAUUCGUAAAUAGAUACGAAGCCAUGGUGCCUGUUUUCAUACCUACAGGGCAAACCCUGGUUUAAAGGAAUCAGGACUGAAGCCAUGCUGCGGAGGAGAGCUGAGGCAAGGGAGAGCCAUGUGGGCCUGGCUCCUGUUCCUGGCUGCCUUAACUGUGGCACAGCAAGUUUGAUUGUUACGUCCAGAUGAGUCCUCUCUCUGG